AUGAACCGUCCCGCUUUGCAGCUGCAGGAUCUCCAGGUCCUGCAGAAGCAGCAUGUCCAGCAGAUGCAAGAGGGGUUGCAACAGCAGCAGCAGCGGCGGCGGCAACAGCAGGAGGACGGCGGGCUUCCUCGUGGAGGAGCGGAGCCGACUCCCGGCCACGGCGGCGAGCGCGGGCUUCGAGACUUCAACUACAACGGACGAGUCCGCAACAGCGAUCGAACCAGCGACAGAGCCAGCUCGGGCGUCCUUGGCCAGCACCACCCUCACCGCAGCUCGUUCUCCAUCUACUCGAACUAUUCAUCUUAUUCAUCCUCAUCAGACGGAGCAGGUGGUGGCCGGGACCGAGAAGGAGGAGGAGCAGGAGAACGAGCAGGAGGCGUCGGUGGUAGCGGUGGUGUUGGCGGUGGCGGUGACAGCAGAGGCGUCGGACGGGGGAUACCACCACCAAGGCCGCCACGGUCGCCGCCGCCACCCUUGCCACCACCACCGUUCCCGCAUAUCGAACAACCGCGGCGGCAGCCCGAUAUGGAAGUGCCGCCGGCGCCCGGCACCGCGGACACGGUGAACACGGCCGGCACUGAGGCCACGGCCGUCGCCGGCACCGAAUCGGUGCGGCAAGUGCGGCAGCCGCCGCCGACGUACGGUAUGCAGCCUCAGGACCCUUACAACCGCGUGCGGUUCGCCGACGAGGAGCGCCGUCGUCGUCAUCGUCAGGAGGAGGCGAGCAGGGCGCGCUCUCCGCAGGAGAUCGACAUGGCGCAGAUCACGGGCGGACGAAGCAUGCGUGCCCUUUCCGUGUUUGCGUGCUGUGCGUUCUUUUGGUAUCGGUGUCUGAUGGACGAGGACUUCUGA